AUGGUUUUGAAGAUCGUGCUCAUAGCGCUGCUUUAUUACCCGCUUUCAAUUGGCCUCACAUUUUAUCAGAAAUGGUUCAUAAAGAAUUACAAGUUACCUUUAUUCGUGGUUUGUUGGCAUUACAUUGUGAAGUAUGUUGCCGCCAUAUCUAUACGAUUCUUAUAUGAGGUUCUUCGUAAAAAGCGUAUACGACUCCAAUUGAAAGACCAACUAAGAUGGCUUGCGCCUAUUGGUAUAUGUGCUUCGCUCGAUAUUGGGUUGUCAAACUGGGCUCUUGAAUAUGUCACCGUCAGUUUGUAUACAAUGGCAAAAAGUAGUUCUAUUCUAUUCAUUGUGGCAUUUGCGCUGUUAUUGCGACUGGAAAGGUGGCGUGCAACACUCGGUUUGGAGGCAGCGCUGAUUGCUAGCGGUCUUUUUCUAUUUACUUGGCAUUCGUCUCAGUUGGACCUCACCGGACUACUACUCGUAGAACUUGCCGCGUCAUGUACGGGAGUUCGAUGGACUGUAUCGGCGAGAUCGAUCAUGCAGAGGGAGGGAGCAGGCUUUGAUAUCCUCCGUAGAUAUGAGUAUCUACUUCUUGUUAAUACGUCCGGAAUUACACUGAACAUAUUCGGAAUAUUAAAGGAAGUAGCUACUCUUCUACUGGCUCACAUUCUGAACAACGACCGUCUCUCAUGGGUGAAUCUCGCUGGGCUAACACUCUGUCUUUUUGGUAUGGCCUUGCAUGGCAUGACACGAAAGCGGCAACGGUACACAACCUAA